CAGACAUCGCAGACGCAGUAUGUAGGAACCGUGUGAGUGGAUAGUACCCUUAUUGUGAAUUUUAUUUUACUCCACUUUAAAAAUACGUUUAUUUUAGCUUUUUAUAGCUUUAACUAACAGUUUUAUCAACUGCAAUAUAUUGGUUACAAACUCCCUGAAAUUGAAGUGAAUGUCAGAUUAAAAAACUGCGAAUUGUUUUUGUAAAACAGAAAAUAAAGUUAUUUCUGUAGAGCUGUAAACCUCUUCCCUGUGCACUACCACACAGUACACUGUACAGUGUACAGUUGCAGCAUAGAAUAGCAUUUUAUCAGAUGUUUGAAGGAAGCUGUGUUAUGCUCUGAAAUGAACGAGUCCAGUCGGGGGUUGGAGAGGGCGGAGAAAGAGGAAGACGGAGAACAAACUAUCUCCGGAGGAUUUCCUGUACCCCAAAAUGUUAAGGCGGAGGCUGGCGGAGAUCCGCCGAUAUCUGGAGGUUUUCCGCCUCCGCCUGAUCUGAAGGAGGAGUUUCCAUCUCCACCUUCAUCUACUCAGGGGCAGGGAACAGAGUUACAGAAUCUGGAAACAUUUAGUCAGGAGGAACUAGGUGAGCUGGAUCGUGAUCUAGUAGGAGAUGGGUUUACCCUCAGUCGUCUUCUUGGUACAGAGACAGAGUCUCCAACUAAUAGUUGGGAUCAGCUCAGUCUAGAGAAUGCUGCCACACCCCCAGCCUCCCAGAGGUUUGACACGCCACCAUCUUCGUCUCAGAGUUAUGAAACACCUCCAACUUCCUCUUCUUAUGCCACAGAAAAUACCUUCUCUUCCUCCUCAGUACUUAACUCCAUUGUCUCCAGUGCUCCAGUCUAUAGCACUUCUAGUACUCAAGUCUAUAGUUCAUCAAGUGCUCCAGUUUAUAGUUCCUCCAGUGCUCCAAUAUACUCUGAAAACAAUCCCUCCAACUAUGAUGGAAAUGCGAGCAAUACUCCAGGUGUAGCUGGAUAUAGACCUUGGGAGGCGGAGGGACACUAUCCAGCCACACAACCUCAUAAUGGAACUCCUCAUCAAAUUCAGGGGGGGCAACCGCAUAAUGGAACACCUCACCAGAUAAUUGCUCCCCGUCCACACCACUCAGGACCACAGGCUUACUACCUUUCACAGCAACAACAUUUAGGAGUUCAAUAUCCUGGUCAUCAACAUCCUCAUCUUCCCCAUCCACAGCAUCAACAGCAUCCUCAUCAUAUUCGUCAUCCACACCUCCAACAUCAUCCUGGAGUUAAUCAUCUUCCACCUUUCCAUUCACAAUUUCCGUUUGGAGAUGCUGUUCCACCUCCAAAUACUCAGGCUCCCCCCGCCUCUCCUAUACCUACCUCCAGGUAUCCAAUGAAUCAAGUAGGAAGAUAUUUGCCCGGUCAUAAUAAUUUACCACACGGGCAAACUAUUAUGAACUCUCAUAACGGUCAUGCCCUUCAGCAUCCACAACCUGUCAAUAAUCGAGUUCAUUCGCAGCAGCUUCAGCAACAACAGCAGCAUCAACAACAACAACAACAACAACAACAACAACAACAACAGCAACAACAGCAACAACAACAACAACAAUAUCAAAAUUUAGAGCUUACUCCUGGAUACCAGUGCACGCAGGGUUCUCCGAACAAAUUCCCGGCGCGCGUUAUCGCUAAGGCGCGCCGGCCCUCCCAACACGCCGCCGCGAUGUCACCGGGAAAAUUCUCCCCUGGAGCGCCUUUUUCCCCCUCCCUAGAUUCACACAGACCAACUUCUGCCUGUAGUGUCGGAGAACGAAGUACUCCAACAUCACCCAGAUACUCCCAACCUACUCCCUCACCCUCACCUAGAUACAUCCAACCUCCCUCCUCGCCCUCACCAAGAUACACUCAAACUCCCUCCUCUCCCUCCCCUCGUUACGCCCAGCCCCCUGCCUCUCCCUCAACUCAACCCUCAGCAGAUCCACCUCAGUACUGUGUACUCGAGAACAGAGCUAAGGUUCGAACCACGUCACUCGAAGGAUCAGAAUCUGACAACUCCGUGCGAUCAAUGCGAUCUGAAUCCGAUCCUGGGAUCGCCGAUGGUCAAGUAGCGGCGAUAUCCUCUACAGAUCCAACACCGGAAACUAUCAGCGGUCUUGCGGAGGCGUUUAAACCGCCACCGGAUCCAACGGAAGGCGGGUUAGGAUCUCCGGCGGUUAGUUUGCCUAAUCUUCCUCACAACACUCAACCUCAUUCAUUAACUGAUACACAGGAUAAGCCGGUGAAGAAGAAGAGGAAGAGGUGUGGAGAGUGUACAGGUUGUCAGAGGAAGGAUAAUUGCGGAGAUUGUGCUCCUUGCAGGAAUGAUAAAAGUCAUCAGAUCUGUAAAAUGCGCCGCUGUGACCGACUUACUGAGAAAAAGCCCAGGAAGAGCGGAACCUUUACCGGAGAAUUUGCAUCUCAGACCUUCACGCCUCAACAAACCACGCCUACCUGGACUCCUGAGGUUACGCCCCCAGAGCCUGCUCCCUGGUAUCCUAACUCUAUGGGCCCGCCUUCAAGUAACGCCCCUAACCCUCCCCGUUCAGUAGCUCCACCCCCCGCCACAACAAUAACGUUCGAUACAGCUUACAACUUUUCUGGACAGAACCAUUCUAUUCUUCAAGAGUUCUUUCCUUUACAGGAAACCCGCCCCCAGCCUGUAAUGCCACUAGGGCGUACCCCAGCAUCUGCUGGAGGAGGAGGGUUCUUAGAUCAAGGAUAUCUUGGAGCUUCUCAUCUCUCCAGUUCUCCGGGAAUACCUUAUCAUAUUAACGUUGCUACGGAUAAAAGUUUGCUCAUGACCAGCUCUUUAGGUAUAGGGCAGGGAAACUAUCAGCCUGGAUAUCCAACCCGUCCAAUGGAGAUCUCACAAACCUAUCAUAGGGUUACUAGUUCUACAGGAUAUUCAGGCGACAAUAGGACGGGUCAUCCCACUCCCUCACCUUCUCACAAACACUCAACACCUCUCCCCUCCCCUGCUCCCUCCCAACCCUCACCUGCCACCCCCAACGACGAGCAUCACGUGACUAGCACGAGAUCCCCGCCCACCCAGGAGGGUGGAGAGCCCCGCUACCAGGAACCGGAAGCUAAUGUUGAGGCUAGGUUUACCAGCGCGCCGGUCUACACACUCCUACCUCCCACCACCAUACUUCCAGAUCAAUACAACCAAAAGUUUGGAGGACUUGUCUCAAGUCAGGACUCCUUCUACCCACUCGGCUUCCAGUAGGAGUCAGUUUACCAAACCAAAUAAAGUCGGCGUCAAGUCGUCCGUUCACAAUCGUCCAAAGAUAUUUCAUGCAUUAUUUGAAAACUACCUCGGAUUCGGAGAUUUCUUAAUUUUUAUAUAAUAUACAACUCCUUGACUAACAGUGUGUGUGUAUAUGAGGAUGAAACUACUACAGCUAGUCACCACAGUUAGAUCUCUAGAGAAAUAAUAUCAACAAACGAGAUAAAUCAAAAACUUCUGUUUCCCCAGACUAUGCUUCUUUUAUGCAUUUUUUAGGAAAUAUCUUAGUUUUAACCUAGUUAUAGUCUCUCCCUCUGGGUUUCCUUUUUUUCUGCAUUUUCCACCUGUACCAAAGAUAUGAAGACACGAAGUUUGUUGUUGAGCUGAACCUGAACCCCGCCGCUGUGUAAAUAUUACAAGCUUUUAGAAUACAUGCUUUCUUGUUUAAGACGUAAUCGCAUUUUUUACAAUUUUUGAAUUGAGUUCCUCGUCCUUUCAGCCCCCAGCCCAUUUAAUCUAGCUCGUUAGAUAUAUUUAAUCAUUUGUUCCAUACCCUGUAACAACCUUGUACUUGGAAAAAUCUGAAAUUAUGGAAAAUAUGAUUUUAUUAGGUUUUUAUUGAUUAUUGUUGAUUUUAACUUAUUUAUUUUAUAACUCUGAAGAUGAGUGAAUGACUAUGCAUUGAUAUUUAGAAAUGUUUUCAAGGAGAAAAGUAUUUUACCAAGUCUCAAUAAGACUGAAAUAAACCCUGCCUGCUGGUUUUUUGCCAGAUAUUUUUUACAAAAAAAGUACAAUUUUUGAUAUUUAUAUUUUCAAAAUUUUUUGAUAGGCCUUGAGCCCUUUUUGGCGAUAAACAUGUGAAAAGUUAAUGAUUUUAUGAAAACGUAACCUGCCCUAUGCAAGAUAUUCUCUGUUAGAAUCGAUCUCGUUUUUGUAUUAUAUUUUAAACUAGAAAUAGACUAAUUUGAAAAUAAAUUUCGGUUAAAGGAA